UCCUUGCUGGCUUCGUCUGCAGUUACAGGUGGUUUAAAGUCCGAAGAAAACCUGCCGCAUCCUCGUCGUCUAAUUAAGCGUCAGCAUCCCCUUCGUCCAACCCAACGAGCCCGGGAUCCGUAUAGUCGUAACCGACAUAGAACAAGUCGGCCGAACGAUAGGAUCGGCUUUGAUAGAACAGCCCCCAAACAAAGCAGUAGUCCGUUUUUUUCUGCUGCUUCCGGCUCUGAUAUUAAUCGACUUAUUAAACAACCCCAUCUUGAUUCUCAACCUCUCCUGCCAGGAAUGCUAUUUUCCACCAACCGACUUAAGCGAUCUAGCCACUCUGGCACAAAAGAGAUGGCUAGUGGGAUGAUCAAGAGAGCCAAGAUAUUGGGGACAGUUAGACUUAAGCCCGACGACGAGAAUAAUAAGAUCGACAAGAUGGUAACAGCGGAUAAAAACGGAGCAAUCGAUGAAUGGGUUGUUAAUGAUAUGAGUGCAGGUAGGGUUGGCGGAAAAUCAGCCUUUUCAAUCAUCCCGGUAUCACAAGUUCCACACGUUCAUCAGUCUUCUGAUCCUCAUAGAAUACAUCGCAACAUUGCCUCUUCUUCUUCCUCUUCUUCUAUAUCGUUGGUCGCACUUCGACGUCUUUAUGGAUUAAUGUUAUUCACUCGUAGCCAGCGUUGUCAGAUGCUUACUCAAGCAGCCAGUUUGGCUCUCUCGCAGAUUAUCCCGCAAUCACCUUCUCUCCAAGAGCUCACUCAUCCCUCUUCUUCUCAAUGA